GUCAACUUCAAUCUUACUCGUUUUACAUUUUGUUAACAAAAAGUUACACGUCGCUAUAAAUUGCGAAUACGUAAAUUAUUUACUUUGAUCUCGAAUCACAAUCUUAUCAGAUUUCAUAAAAUCAUACCGGGAUUUAAUUUUUUAAAUAUGUCGUCUACUGAAGAUGUUUCUCAACUAAAAGCGGGACACCCUCCCGCAGUGAAAGCUGGUGGUAUGAGAAUUACUCAGCAUAAAGUGCCUCAUGUUAAGGAAACAAAAGAAACAACUACUGAAGAUUUAACUGGUCUCUCUGGCCCUUCCCCAGUUCCGUCCAACCCAGUAUCAAUUGCAGGAGCUCCAAACAGAGGCAAUGCAGACUUUACGCCGCAGGCGGCACAAGUAGCACAUAGUCCUAAGCCUCCAACUCAUAUCAAUGUUAAACCAAGCCCAAACAUUCAACAACCCAGGAAGUAGAUUAUUUAUAUCUAUAUAUGGUAUGUUGCAUUAUUUACACAACUAUUGACUAUUUCACUAAUAAUGAUAGUUAACUAUUGUAGGUGUUACAGGUUAAAUCUAUAUGAUAACAUAUCAUUAAAAUUUGAUUCAUUGUUUAUCCCAAACUAAAAGCAAAUAUUAAAAUUAUAUGCAGUUAUUGUAACAGUCUACUAUAUAGUGUUUAGAAAGAUCAACAGCUGUGUAAAUAAUGUCGAACAUAAAUUGAUGAAGAAUGUUUUUGGAUAUGGUUAUAUGAUAUAUAUAUAUACCUAGAAAUGUGACUCAAAAGUGACUAUUUGGCAUAAUUGACAUGAUAAACAUCAAGGUUAUUUGUUUUAUACAUUAUUUGACAAAAUACUAUAUAUAUUGUUGUCUAUGGUAUAAGACCAAAGACCUAUCCAUAUUCAAAAACAGUCUUAGAUCCAUAAAACAAUCAGUGAACAUGAUGAUUAGAAUGUUAUAAUAAGAAUGUAUUGUUAUUAUUAUAUAUAUGGUUUUAGAUUAUUGAUGAAUCUAGCUAGAAAUGUAACCAUUGUUAAGGUUAUGUUUCGGAAGACUGCUACUAUAUAUUAAAAAUUGUGGGCCCUAUAUGCUGCCCUAUUUUCACAUUUGGAUUAACUACAUGCUGUAAACUUUCUAAAGCUACAUUAUUUUAUAGAGGAGUUGGGCAUAAAUCAGAGUUGCAGCUACUUCAGAUCGAAUUUAACAGUUUCAUGACAUUUUUCAUUCUUUUUAUAACAAACUGAUUGCUGAUCCUAUUUUCAUGUGAAAGUCAUGUGUGUGCUGGAAAAUACUGAUAUUUAACAAAAAUAUACAACAUGGCAAAAACAUAGGGUCAACCAAUUAAAAAAUUUAAGUGUUUGAGAAUUAUUAAUAUUUUUUGUGUGCAAUUAACAUUUAUUCUUAGCAAGUAGUUUAUAUUUUUACUUCAUUCCUUAUGCAUUUUCUUGGCCAUUAAGCCAUAAAUUUUAAAAUUUUAUACUUAUUUUUUGUACUUAUUGGAAUGAAUUGGCAGAAGUAUAGGUUAAGAAUUUUUUAUAUAGGUACAUUACCUUUUUGUUUGAAAUUUAAUAAAUAUCAUGUUACAUCAGAUUUCUUUGUUGUUUACAUUGACGUCUUGUAUUUUUUACUUGCCAGAUUGUCUGAUUUCUUUUUUUAGUUUUAAUUUAACAUUCCUAUUUUUUAUCAUUA